CCUGCGCGCACGGUGUGGCGGGAGCCCCGUGGGGUCCCCCCGGCCAGGAUUGGGGGGGGGGGUACGGGGGGGGUUUGGGUGCCCCCCGGGACCGUCCUCGGAGCGGCAGAGAGGAGGGGCCGGUCCCUCCGGUGGCGGCAGCGCGCCCGGGGUUUCCGUGUUUCUGCAGAAACGCCUCCGAGCCCGCAACGCUGAAAUAAAUCCCGAUGCCGGGUGGACCACCUCCCUUUUCUAGGUGAGCUGGAGAAGCGCCGUUAGCCAUGGCUGUGGCCCUGAGGUGCCUCCGUCACCUGCCUGCCCUGCUUUAUCGUUCCUCGCUGGCGAUGAGACGGGGGCAGCCGCAGGCUCCUGCCCCCUGCCCAGCCCCGCUGCGGGACGGCUGCCGGCAGUGUGCCCAUCAGAUGCUGCUGACCAGACACCUAGCCACCAAAAAAGCUAAAGGUAAAGGGCAGAGUCAAGCCAGAGUGAAUAUCAGUGCUUCCCUAGUUGAGGAUAUUAUCAAUUUGGAGGAAACCAAUGAAGACAUGCUGGCAGUGGUAGAAGCUCUGAAAGAAGAUUUCAGCAGAAAUCUCAGUGUUAGAACCUCACCAGGGGCCCUUGAUCACAUAAUCGUGAUGACAAAAGAUGGGAAGUUUCCGCUAAACCAGCUGGGGCAGAUCUCACAGAAGUCACCGCAGCUCAUUAUAGUGAACAUGACUGAUUUUCCAGAGAGCACAGCUGCAGCUACGAAGGCUAUAAGGGAGAGCGGCAUGAACCUGAACCCAGAAGUGGAUGGGACCAUAAUUCGGGUGCCAGUUCCUAAGGUAACAAGAGAGCACAGGGAGAGCCUGGCCAAGCUUGCCAAGCAGUCCACCAACAAGUCCAAAGAAGCCCUGAGAAAGGUGCGAAGCAAAAGCAUCAACCAGAUAAAGAAGUUCAAGAACAAAGUGUCUGAAGAUACCAUCUGGAUGCUAGAAAAGCAGAUCCAGCAAAUGGCAGACAGCACCACAGCGGAGAUGGACAAGCUGCUGGCAGCCAAGACCAAGGAGCUGCUUGGAUGAGCACCAUCCGGAUGGGCAUGCUCCCCCCCUCGAGCAAGAACGGGCUGCCACGCACCCCAGUGGCACCUCUGCCCGGAGUCACGGCCUCUGGAGGGCUCUGCCAGUUCUCCAGAGCAGCUCCGUGCUUUGGCUGCUCCGAUCCCCCACCUUGGAUUGUGCUGGAGGGACGGGGGAACUCUCCUCGCUGUUUUUCAUCCAGGUGGCAACAGAAGUGGGUGAACUAAGGUUCAAAAUAAAACACCAGGAAGGGGGAACUGGAGGCUGCUGGAGGAGCUCCCAGCACAGAGGCCGAGGCACGGGGUGGGGGGAGCGACUGCCCAGCUCGCCUUCUGCACCGUCCGGUUUGUGCCCCAGCACCACGCGCCAGGGAAACCUGCGCUGUCCUGCUGCGAACCUCAGGGUUUAUUUUUGCUUGAAAUAAAGUUGAAAUGAGAUGUGAAGGA